ACCAUCAGAGUGUCUGCAGGCAGCAGCAGCAGAAAAUCUUUCUUUGUUUAUUUUUUUUAAUUUUAAUUUACCUCCUGUUUGUGUGUCUGCCCAAACAGCUGAGCCGUGAAGUGGUGACAGAGGAGCAGAGAGCGACUGGAAGCUGAUUGAUUGAGUAAGGAGAGGAGGAAGAAGCAAACCAAAAGAGAAGAAGGUCCUUUAUGUUUCAUGAAGAUCUCGACUGCAGCUGUGACGAAACAAGCCCAGCCAAUGAAAACGUGUCGUAUAUUUAGAGACAAAAGGAGAACAUUGAGUAAGCAUAGACACUUAUGUCAUUCUGCUUUGUGAUUGGCUGGAGCAAUGGCACUCACCAAGAAGGAGAAGCACGAGGGAGGCAGGAGAGCGUCUGGGGUCACGACCCCGCCAGAAGGUGGCUGGGGUUGGAUGAUCGUCGCUGGGUGUUUCCUCGCCACCAUCUGCAUCCGGGCAGUGACAAGAUGUGUGUCCAUGUUCUUUGUGGAGUUCCAGCUGCACUUUGAGAAGGAUUAUUCCACCACUGCCUGGAUCCACAGUCUCAUCGACUCCACCACCAUGCUCUGUGCUCCUCUGGGUGGUUUCCUUGGGAACCAUCUGUCCUGCAGAGCCACAGUGAUGCUGGGAGGUCUGCUGUCCUCUGCUGGUCUGAUCCUCAGCUCCUUCGCUAACAGUCUGGAAUAUCUGUACAUCUCCCUGGGCCUCCUCACAGGUCUUGGCUUUGCUCUCAGCUACACACCAGCUAUAGCGAUGGUUGGGAGGUACUUCAAUGAGAGGAAAGCCCUGGCCUAUGGCAUCGCCAUGUCUGGGAGCGGCAUCGGGACGUUCAUCCUGGCUCCUGCAGUCCAGCUGCUCAUAGAGCGUUACUCCUGGAGAGGAGCUCUGCUCAUCCUGGGAGGGUUUGUUUCCAACCUGUGUGUCUGUGGUGCUCUGAUGAGGCCGCUGGAACCAAGGAGAAGUGAAAGGAUAUGGGAGAACCAUAUGGCAAACCUGGAGACAGACUGCAUGACAACAGCGCUGGAUUCAAAUGACUCUGAGCAAGUGCCAACUGAUUGCAGCCAAGUGGAGGCGAAGCAGCUAGAUAGCAACAACUUAAUUGAUACUCAAAGGUUGCUCAUAGCCAACGGAGCAUUCAAAAACUUUGGACUUGAAAACAACAAACUCACAGAGGGGGGCAUAGUGCUGAUACCAAGCUUGAGCCCGCCUGAUCCGAGUUUAACAGAUCUGAAGAUAGCUGAGUGUAUUUUAUUUAGCAACAAGCUAACAGAGACGGUGCUAGGGGAGAUCUCAGGUCAUAAAGUAGCAAAUGGUAGCCCAAUGGAGGACUUGAAAUUGGUGGAAAGCAUGAACUUGAACAACAAGGCAGCUAAGGUAGAAGACUUAAAACUCACUGAAGUCAAACCAACAGAUACCUACCACUUAGAUAAAACCAUUAGCCUUCCUCCAGAGGCUUUAGUGAGCACACAGACUUCGUCCAGAGGUCACGGUUUCUGUCUCAAGUCCAGGGAAGAGUUUGGAUUCCUCUCGAUACCCAACUUCCUGAUUCUGUCUGUGUCCUUCCUGUUCCUGGCUUAUGGCUGCAGCGCUCCAGUAGUUUACCUGGUCCCUUACGCCCUCAGCAUGGGGCUGGAGCACCAGCAGGCCGCCUUCCUCAUGUCCAUGUUUGGAGUCAGCGGGAUUGUGGGUAACAUCACCUUUGGAUGGAUCACAGACAGGAAGUAUCUGAAGAGGUAUCGCCUGCUGAGCUACAUGAUGGCUAUUGGCAUGGAGGGGCUCUGCUGUAUGUUCGUCCACCUCCUUCACUCCUUCUCCCUCCUUGUCCCAUUUUCCGUUCUCUACGGGUACUUUGACGGGGCGUACGUGGCGCUCAUUCCAGUGGUGACCUCUGAUGUCGUGGGCUCCACCUACCUGACCUCUGCUCUGGGUGCGGUCUACUUCCUGCAUGCCAUCCCCUACCUGAUCAGCCCACCAAUAGGAGGUUGGUUGGUAGACAGGACAGGAAACUACGCAGCAACCUUUUUCCUCAGCGGGGCUUCCUUCAUGCUCAGCUCUGCGGUGCUAUCAGCUGCCUUGUUAGUCAGACGCUGCCAGAGGUUUAAAUCUGCCGCACACUUCAAUCCCAAUCACACUACUGCUGCAGCUCAGCAGGACAUCAUAUGACAAUGCUAAUCAAGAUGCUGCUCCUCCAUCUGCACGGAUGUGCACCUCAUCACUGCUGAUGUGAUCAGGUGCUACUUUGAUGUGCAUCAUACCUGAACCUGUGCCUUUUUUAAAGAAACAAUGUGACUUUGAGACAAACAGAUUAUGUCAUAAUAAUAUUUUUUUGAUGAGAGUUUUCUGUUUGUUUAAUGCUGAUAUUUUGUUUUGUAAAACCAAAGAGCAUUCCUUAUCAAAGCCAAAAAUUGCAAGCAGGUUGUCAUUAACAUUGCUAUAGUGAGCUUUUUGAUAGUGUAGCUUCUAUAAUUUUUAAGAGUAUUUGCCAAAAUUAUCCAUUUUGCCAGUUGAUUAUGAUUAAUAUUUUAUCAUCACGCGUUAGGCUAUCCUAUGUGGGAAAGCACCGGGCUCCAAGACAAGUGUAAACACUUUAAAAAAGUGCUUUAAAAAAAUGAACUGAAACAGACUUUAUUACUGAAAAAAAACAUUGCUUUGUCUGUAAUUUUGCUUUUGAAAACAAGAUUUUCUGUAUAGUAUUAUCACAAACUGUUUUGUGCAAUAUCCAAAGUUACGUACCCUCACUCUACAAAUAGCUAAAUUGCUCUGCCGUACAUUCCCAGGCUUCCCAUAUCACAGUAGGAUGAAUAUGGUACAUUUUUUAUAGGGUGAAAAUUUACUGUGUCAUUUGUGUCAAUAUGUAAAAAGUAAUCUGCAUCUAUUAGAGAAUAACAAUAAUUUCAAAAACAAGAGUUUACAGGCAGACAGACACGGUGCCGGUUCCCUCAUACUUGGAAAGCUGGAUAAAAUAAAAUAAAGUCUGGACUGGUGCUUAUAUUCAGCCAUUUCUGUGUAACUUGUAAGAAGAAUUCUGAAAAGUGGUGCUACAUGCUACAACGACUGCAAAUGGGUGUACUUUGAAUUAGAUAUUACCCAGCUGGCAUUUUAAUGUUUAUUCACUGUUGAAUCAGUGGUUGAAUUACUGUUGAAUUCUGGUUUGAUUGUGAAAGAUGAAUCAGCGUUGAUUUCGCAAUGCUGUUUCAGUGUUGUUUCAUGAACUUGAGAUGUGGUUUCAAAAUUGUUUCAACGUUGAAACAGAUCUUCAACGUCGAAGGCCAGUCGUGUGCCAGCUAGGUAGAGCAACUUUAGAAGAAUUAGAGAAAUAAUAGUGCUCGUGAGUCUUUGAUUUUAUUAAGAAGAACAUGAGCAUUUGUGUCAGACUGUGUGCUUUCCUACAGCAAACCAUCAACUUCUUUGUCCAUGGAAACCACAUUAAGAAUAUCACUCAUGCAUAUCAAAGUCAUGAGUGAUUGUUGUGCUUUUGAGUGCUGAGAACAUAAAUAUGAUAGUGUUGUUAAAUAAAUAAAAUGUAUAUUCAUUUAA